UGCCCGUGGGAGGUCUGCGGAGCGCAACGGCUCAGAGCGCGGCCAGGCAGUCCUCCACGGCUCCCGUUGUCGCGGGCGCCUCCUUCUCCCUGUCCACCCGUGUUCUCUCUGCUCCCACCUUCAGCUCUCUGCCCCUCCACGCCCUGCGGGGUGGGGGGUCCCCAGGGACAUGGCUGACAAACAGGCUUCCGGCAGCUUCCUCAGGCUCAUGUCAGAGGAGAGCCAAGCCUCAGACCUGAUCAUCGUGUUCUGCGACGACCACCAGGAGACGAUCUUGGACCAGGGGCGCUGCCAGGGCGCACCCAGAAGGUCUCUGGGGGGGUACAGCGAGGACGAGGACGCCUGGUACCCAACGAGGAGGUGGGACCGCAAUGUCCCCCUCAGGAACCUGCCCGUGUCCAUGCAGGAGAAGAGAGACAUCAGGGACCGGCGGAACUUGCAGCGACGCACCAUUGGCUGCUGGGAGUCGUGGAGGCGGAGCCAGCGCACCGUCAGGAGGCGGAUGCUGGAGCAGAUGGUCCAGGCCUUGUCGGCACUACAAUUAUGGGGGCGCACCCUGCACUCCAUAGAGGGCAGGUUCGGCGUUAGUGUGAAGGUUUACUUCGUCUUCCUGCGCUACCUGGUUUACCUCAACCUCUUCAACUGCCUGCUGACGGGGGCGUUGAUCCAGGCACCUGUAUUCAUCUUCAGGAACAACAUCUAUAGCAGCACUUUCAAAGAAAACGACUCGUACCUGGACUUUUUCUUGGGGACGGGUUUUCUGGAACGCUCCCCUGUCUUUUACGGCUUCUACACACGUGGUUCAUUGGAUGGCAAGUGCUUGAACACGCCCAUUUUGUUCCUGCUCGGUGUCUUCUCUGUGCUCAUCUUCAGCCUGGUCAUGCUGGUCAGAAGGACUGUCAAUGGUUACAAACACAAAUGGAUGCUGAGUGGUCGAUACAAUUUCAGUAUGAGCUUCAAGGUCUUCUGCAGUUGGGAUUUCUGCAUCCAUGAGCCCAAGUCUGCUGCCUUCAAGCAGAGCAACAUCCGGAAUGACCUCAAGAUGGACCUGGAGGAAGAGCGCUUUGAACUGUUGAAAUCCCAGAGGACACUCAAGGUGCGGGUGAAGAUCUACUUCCUGCGCAUCCUCCUCAACACGGUGGUAGUUAUCCUGCUGGGAGCUGCCUUCUGCCUCAUCUACAUAGGCACCAAAUACUCUCACCAGCAGAAAGACUCCAAGAACUAUCCCUGGCUCUACAGCCUCCUGCUUCAGUACCUGCCUCCCAUCAUCAUCACCCUAGUCAACUUUAUGCUUCCCCACAUCUUCCGUGUCAUUGUCAAGUUUGAGGACUACUCUUUCACCAGCCAGGUUAACAUAACACUGGUGAGGUGUAUCUUUCUGAAGCUGGCGUGCCUGGCCCUCUUCUUGUUCUUCCUCUACGACACCCUUCAGAAGUCACCACAGAAUAAUCAAUCAUGCUGGGAGAAUCAGUUUGGAAAGGAGAUGUACAAACUCCUGGUGUUUGACUUGCUCGCCACUUUCACCGACACCUUCUUCAUUAUGUUGCCCAAAAAGCUUCUGUCGGAGAUGUACCCAGAAUGCUUCCUGCUGAAAGUGAUGGGAAGACAGAAGUUCCUCAUUCAGCUCAAUGUGCUGGACCUUGUGUAUACUCAAACUGUGACCUGGGUGGGGCUCUUCUACUGUCCCAUGCUCACCCAGAUCUGUGUCUGCAAGCUUUUUGCCAUCUUCUACAUCAAGAAGUUUGCUGUGCAGCGGUGUUGCAAGCCAACCCAGCGCAUGUUCCGGGCCUCCACCUCCUCGGUUCUGUUCCAUUUUGUGUUGCUGCUGGGUCUCCUCAUGGCCUUUGUGGUCCUGGGAAUCAACCUCAAUAAGUUGAAACCCUCCCCCACCUGUGGCCCUUUCCUUGGAAGCAGCACAGUUUUCAACGUGACGACCAUGUGCGUGGACAGCCUGCCGGUCCACGUCGGGGACUUCAUCAAGUUCAUGUCGUCGGAGGCCUUUGCUGUGCCUCUCAUUGUGGUUGAGAUCCUCUUCCUGACCUCAUCCAUGUCGCUGCGGAGCGCCAACAACAAGUGCAUCGAGAGACUGAAGGACAUGCUUGUGACGUGUAGCUCAGAUAAAUGGUACCUGGUGAAACAGCAGGCCGCGUGGCUUCAGGACCAGAGGAGUCCCCAGCAGAGCAGCAGCCGAGCGGGCAGUGUGGAGGGCAGCGCCCCCCCAGAGCCCAGGGCCCACUUAGAUUUCCACCCCCUGCCGGAGAGAAGCGUGAGCCAGCCGUGCGACACAGAGCCGGUGCCAACGCACAGCAGACCACCUUGGAACGAAUCCUGACUUUUGAACUCUCCCAAGACAGAAGGAAAUCGACUGUAAAUUAAUUGUUUGACAACAACUGUGUUUUCUUCAACGUGACUUUCAUGUACAGUGAUUGAUGUAUUUUUGCAUUUACAUUUUUUAACAAUGUCAAACAAAUUUCCGUAUCAAUCCCAAGAAAAAUUUUAAAACUAAUAUCGCAGUAGUGGUGAUAGUGAAGGGUGGGUCCAUACAUACUAUAAAUCCACUCUUCAUAAUGAAUUUAUGCAUUUAACUGAAUUAUAUGACUUCAGAUGCACACGUUUAUUGUGAAAUACAUCAAAAAGUUACAUCGCUUAACUAUCUCAGUGAUCCAGGUAUAUUAACAGACUGAAGGAAGGUGCGGAUAUUUGUCAGAUGGCAGCAGCAGCACGUAUAGGAAAAAGGCAGCGGACGUCGGGUUUCGCCAAAGACUUGCUCAAGUCUGUGAAACCAUGUGCCGCAACUCACGUGAAGGUUCCUCUUACAUCACCUGAUUUUGAUUGUCAUCAGCUGGUCUUCAUUAUUUUCAGCUGUCCUGGACCAGGCAGUGGGUGGUCUCUCCAUCAUGCUCUGCCCUGCCCCAUGCCAUGGCUCUUCCUCCCAGCAGAGCAAAAAAUAAAUAAAAAAUAAGAGUAAAUUACUGUAGAAUUUGUCUGCCGCGUGCUGCUUCUUACCAUUUACAUGAAGUUUUUCCGUCAAAAUUAUAGCUCCAUUUUUAUACAUUGUUAUGCAGGAUCUUACUAGAAUCAGCAGUUAGCACUGAUGACACCGAUAUGAUGCCCAGUUGCUAGAUUUUUUAUGAAUGGAUAUUUCAGCUUAAUUUUCAUGCACGGGUGGUGCAGAACGUUGCCGGGGUGGGCCAUCAGAUGAACCGUUAGAGAUCGAGAACCUGGAAGGAUUGGGUCCUUUGGCAAUGCUUAUACACACAUAUUGUUAUCAUUUAUAUUGAUUUGGUGAGGUCACUUUCCGUUCCCCAUGUCCGGCGGUUUUCUAUUUUUUGAUACUUAAAAUUAUGAAAAUAGUUGAAAAAGCCCCUCUACAGAAGGUUGUAGGUUAAAAUCCAGGAACUGAGCUAUCGGGUAUUACCCAGGGCUCCCAGCUAUCUGUCCUGUGCAGAUAUGAGAUGAUGGGUGGGCACAGCUCCGCCGUCCACUCAGCAUUACACACACACACACACACACACACACACACACACACACAAAGGAGAAUGGGGCUGAGAGCCAUGCCAUUGGUACAGCUAUAGGAGCAACUGAGAGAUGAAGGGACCACAUACUCUGCACUGGGCUCCAGGACUCAGUAAGUUGGCUGAAACUUCCAGUUUUGUGAUCACGGUUUUAUUACUUGUGUGUAAUAUUACUGUAUGUUGCAGUUUGUUACCCUGUCAAAGUCAAUGUGUCACAUUUAUAUUUCUAAAAUGACAUACAUUGAUUCUGUAAAUAAAUACAAG